UAAGUUUCUUCACUUCUAGGGGAUCACAUCGAAUCGUUCGCGGAAAGAAAACGAAACUAAUCAUCGAUCAGAGGAUCAGAGGCCUAACAAAAAAAAAUGUGGCGGAAGAUAGACUCCCUGCUGCUGGUGCUGCUGGCAGUGCUGGUGGCAACGGUUCGGGCCAACACAAAUAGCACCGACGGAACGACGAAGGUCCUGUGUUACUACGAUGGAUCCGCUGCACUGCGAGAAGGCCUCGGUAAGGUAAUCGUUUCGGACAUUGAGCUUGCACUGCCGUUCUGUACGCACCUUAUCUACGGAUACGCUGGAGUGGAUGCAGCUAACAACUACAAGCUUCGUGCCAUCGACGAAAGUUUGGAUUUGGACUCGGGAAAAGGGCAAUACCGACAGGUUACCACUUUAAAACGACGCUAUCCGGCUUUGAAAGUACUGCUGAGCGUUGGUGGAUACAAAGAUCUUGCUGAAGAAAAACCGUUCGAAAAGUAUCUGACAUUAUUGGAGUCGUCCGGAAGUCGCACGGCUUUUGUUAACUCAGCGUAUUCACUGUUAAAAACCUAUAACUUCGAUGGACUAGAUUUAGCAUGGCAAUUCCCGCAGAGCAAACCGAAACGUAUCCGAGGCUGGACCGGAAAGCUGUGGCAUGGAUUCAAGAAAUUGUUCACCGGUGACAGUGUGCUGGAUCCUAAAGCUGACGAACAUCGGGAGGAAUUCGUAGCGCUGGUUCGCGAUCUGAAGAAUGCUUUUGUUCCGGACAAUUUCCAGCUGGGUUUGACCGUGUUACCGCAUGUUAACGAGAGCGUUUUCCUAGAUGUUUUCCUGUUGAAGGACAAUUUGGACUAUAUUAAUUUGGCUGCAUUCGAUCAGCAAACUCCAGAGCGAAAUCCAAAGGAGGCCGAUUUUGGUGGACCGCUUUACGAGCCAACGGAGCGUGUUGUUGGGAAUAAUGUCGAUGCCAAAGUGAGCCACUGGAUGGGAAAAGGAGCACCACUUUCGAAGCUGGUUGUUGGCAUUCCCACGUACGGUCGGGGAUGGAAGCUAACGGAGGAAUCCGGAAUCACAGGCGUCCCACCGUUGCGAGCUGACGGACCGGCCGUUGCGGGACCGUACACUGGAAUUCCAGGAUUCUACAGCUGGGCCGAAGUAUGUGCCAAGCUGCCCAAUCCGGGAAAUGCCAAUCUGAAGGGUGCGGAUUAUCCACUGCGCAAAAUUGGUGAUCCCACGAGACGCUUCGGAGCGUACGCUUUCCGCGUACCGGACGAAAACGGAGAGCACGGAAUUUGGCUGUCCUACGAGGAUCCGGAAACGGCUGGAAAUAAGGCUGCCUACGUGAAGGCGAAGGGACUGGGAGGAAUAUCGAUUUUCGACCUGGGCAACGAUGAUUUCCGUGGUAACUGUGCUGGGGAUAAAUUUCCCAUUCUCCGUGCCUCCAAGUAUCGACUGUAGUUUAUUUAAUCAUUCAGAGACGGUGUUCUAUUCUUAUGUAAAGAAUCAUAUCAAAUAGAAUAGUGUAUAUUGUUUGUGUUCUACACUGAGAGAUUAACCAAUUAUCACAGUUUGCAGCCCAAUUAAACAUGAAUGGUAGGAUUCUUUUCUGUAAAGAACAA